ACCUUGUAUAUGGAAGUCAUAGGCGACAUGCUUCCGAUCGAAAAAAAAAAACCUAAAGUCGAAGAUCAUCCUAAUUGUUGGUCAAGAUACUUCGAGAAUGCCAAAUGAGACACCAGAUCGAAUUUUGGGGUAAAUCCCCGCCAAUCUAAUGGAAGACGGUAACGCACAUCCGAAUUGCUACUGCAUGGUCCGCUAGGGCGCCUGUAUCAAUAUCAAUAUUCAUCACGUCUGGGACGUGAUCCUGAAAGUACGGAGGCGGGGAAAUCAUCCGCAGGCAUCUGAUAACCACACGGAGUCGAUAACAGACCGAGCCGCUUCCUGCUCAUCCCAAAUCAAGUCAAAAAGUCCAUUAUCAAGGACAAGCCGUCGGCACGGUGGACCGGGUCCGCCACAUUAUCGUGAUGUGUUUUGGAAUCGCCCAACCCUCAUCCAAAAGAUGGGGAUUGUUUAUCGAACGAACCAUAAGCCUCCCAGCACUUGGAUAAUCGCUUGCACAUCAGAUCGAGUUGUCCAGGCCGUCCUUGUCUGGGUAGAAACGCCCCAGCGGUAUGAGCCCGUUGCCAACCAUUGGGCAGGGAAUGAGAGGAAUCCUUCUUAUAGUUUGGUUAGUUCUCGCCGAAAAGGGUGAUCUAGAACAGAUUGACAAGGAAUCAUCGUAGUGAGGCUGGUCAGUUGGUGGGUCCAAGGCUGUUUAAACCAAACCCAACAAAGAAACAGUUUCCAUAGUUCGAAUCACGGGGCGCAUGAGAUUUUGAUGAUGUGGUCUUCAUGUAGGGAAGGACGGGUCCUGGCCGAGUUUUGGAGUCUCGGGGCCAUCAAGUGAAUCAGCAAGCCGGCAUCUAUCUGGUGUGCUGUUAUACGGAGGCAAUGAACGGCAGCUGUUGAUCUUGUUGGUUGAUGGACAUAAAUAUCUAGGCUGUCCUCGUAAGAUCGCAGUCUUCCAUAUCAAAACUCAACUUGAACGAUCAUUUCGAAGCAGUCAAGGAAGAUACCCCAAGGAAAUCAAUUGACAUCAACGUACUUCGCACCUAAUCCUAAAAUAAUAGCAAGGUAAGUUGGGUGCAACUUUCACUCGUUCCCACACCUGUCAAUACUCACAUGGAUAUAGACAAUGGCUACCGUAGGAACGCUUACCUCGACGCCGCUCCCCGACCCAAUGGCCAACCCCGAAUUCGAUGGGGUGAACGCUAUAGGGUCCUCAAGCAUGUUAGAGAAGAUUUCUUUUGAUCCGUUGAAGCACCUCAACUUCAUCCCUCCUUCCAUGGUGUACAGCAUGGAAGAUCUGGGUUAUACGAAGAGCCGUGGAGUAUCUCCGAUAGGUGUAUCUGAGCCUUUCUCAUUGUUCUCUGCCGAGGCCAUUCAGCAGAUGAGGAAGGAAGUUCUGAGCGGUGAAGUUUUUGCCAAAUGGAAAUACUCCAGCGAGCUUGCUCAGUGCCAGUUAAGGGGAUACGCAGCAGACUGUGCACCGUUCAUAUAUGACGCCUGGAAAAAUCCCGAGACCCUUGGCAUUAUCUCCAACAUUGCAGGCGUUGAUCUCGUUCCGGCCAUGGACUUUGAGAUUGGACAUGUCAACCUCGCAGUCUAUAGCGAAGAAGAGAAAAACAAGGCACUCAACGAGCUGAUCGAACAGGCAAACCGCGCAACAGACGAAAACCGAACUUGGGAAGAUGACGACCCUGUUGUGGACUGGCACACGGACAGCUACCCUUUUGUGUGCGUGACCAUGCUCUCGGACUGCACAGGAAUGGUAGGGGGCGAGACUGCUUUGAGGAGAGGAGACGGCGAGGUGGUCAAAGUCCGCGGGCCACAAAUGGGGUACGCCGUGAUUCUUCAGGGGCGCUACAUUGAGCAUCAGGCGCUUCGUGCAUUGGGAGGAACAGAGCGGAUCAGUAUGGUGACUUCAUUCCGACCGCGUGCCUCGCUCACCAAAGACGACACUGUUCUCACUACUGUCCGUCCAAUCUCGGACCUGGGCGAACUGUACCUUCAGUUUGCAGAGUACCGCUUCGACAUGCUUCAGGAUCGGUUCCGCCAUGCCAACAAACUGAUGCGUGAUCGACAGCGAGCUCGGCGACCAUUCGAUACAGCUCAGCUAAAGCAGUUCAUUCGAGAGCAGAUUGAAUUCCUGGAGCAUAUGGACACGGAGAUAGUGGAGGAUGAUAAAGUCGUGAAGGGCAAAUUCGACAAAAGUCAUCUUAUUUCUGAGCAUCUCGUACUCGAGAGGUGAAGAAAGCGACGCGUCGCAGUGGCAUGAUAAUAAUGGUCUCAAGAGAUGCUACAUGGGGCAGCUGGGUCUUCUCGAUGAUGAGUUUUGGUUGUGUUUGUUGCCAGGGCUUGCCACAAGAGAUGCCACAGCAACGAGGUCUUGAGGUCAUCGUCGGAGGUAGUACCUGGGAAUGCCUGUUUGAGUUCUUGGCUGGCUAGUUGAUGCCUUCGUCUUUUUGCUGCUUUGGAGCGUUGACCUAGAGUUUACUGCAAGUUGGCCUGCACUGCCGUUAGCGACGUUAUUUGAAGUUGAAUAAUUUUUGUUAGCUUGACUGCAGGCUCAAGUAUGAUCUUGUAUACAUUUCGGCUGCGAAUAGAUGGAAUGGCGCGAUAAGAAGGGCCGAUAGAUUAUGCGUGCGUAGCAAAGGGUAAACAUCUUCUCAGCCUAGCAUCUUUUGCGCAGAGUGUAUGGUAGUAGUAACUACUCCGUAGAUCUUGAG